AGAGAAAUAUGAAAGGAUAACAAAGAAGCUGAUGUUAACAGAGCCACGUAGGCCCUUUCACUGGAACAAAAUGUAAUCUCUGGUUGCAAUUCAACCUUCAAAAUGUUGUACCACAACACUCCACACACUGACCACCGUGGAUUCUCCACUUCUUCUCACUUCUCUUUCUCUCUCCUCCCACAAACUCUCCACAAAAAUUAAAUAUUUACAAUACACAGUUGCUUAUAUUUUGCAUAGUUCAAUUCUUAAGUAAUUUACUUGAAAUUGGGUACAAAAUGAUUUGAUCAUUUUGCAAUUUUGCCCCUUAUAAUCUUUUUGUUGGAAUUAUGGCGGAUUCUAUGGUUUUUUCCCAUUGUUUCAAGGGUUCUGAGGUCACAUAUAGGAACAUUUUUAAAAAGACCUCCUCCCAUAAAAUGUCAAGUCUUCGUAGGUGUUCGCGUCAUUUAUUAUCUUCCAGGGAUCGCCUGGUUCAUCUGCCCUCAAACAUGAUAUAUUCAAGGUUACAAGAUGCUUAUGUUAGGAGGAGUGUUUGGGACAAAUUGUCAACAUCAGUUUCAGCAUCUUUUAGUCAUAGAAAGUUAUCCUUCUCGGGCUUUAGGUCAGGUGACAGCAAGAGAUUUCAGUUGCAUGCUGUGGUCGACAUAGCCACUGCGGUUGAUGUCAUUAAUGACUUGGGGAUGGAUACCUUGACAUUUUUGGUUGUUACCGUCAUCAUUGUUCCUGCAUUUAGAACUUUAAAAGCUAGCCCUAUACUCGGAUUCUUUUUUGCCGGUGUUGUUCUAAAUCAAUUUGGCCUUAUAAGAAAUCUUACUGAUGUUAAGAUUCUCUCUGAGUGGGGUAUCCUUUUUCUGCUUUUUGAGAUGGGAUUGGAGCUUUCACUUGCACGUUUAAAGGCUCUUGCUAAAUUUGCUUUUGGCAUUGGAUUGCCUCAGGUUCUUUUGUCCACACUUGCUUUCACAGCAUUUGAGCUUCCUCCAAAUGAGGCACUUGGGACAAAAAUUUUGGAGUUCUUGUUUCAUUCACGAUCUGAUCUGGUUAAUAUCAGAAGUGUUGAUGAGGCCAUAGUCAUAGGUGCUGCAUUGUCAUUGUCAUCUUCAGCCUUUGUUUUACAGCUUCUUGCUGAGAAAGGUGAGCUUCCAACAAGAUUUGGCUCGGCUACUUUGGGGAUUCUUCUGCUACAGGAUAUAGCUGUUGUCCCUCUCUUGGUGGUACUCCCAGUGCUUGAGAGCCAGAAUAUAGGAGAGGCAAGCAUUUGGCCAAUGCUUGUCAAGGAAAGUCUAAAAGCUUUAGGUGGACUUGGAUUGCUUUCUCUUGGAGGGAAAUUCUUCCUGAGGCGUGUCUUUGAGGUUGUUGCAGAAACAAGGAGCUCAGAAGCUUUCAUUGCUCUCUGCUUGCUUACAGUUGCUGGGACUUCACUUGUUACGCAAAAGCUUGGCUUCAGUGACACGCUUGGAGCUUUUUUGGCGGGUGCCAUAUUGGCUGAAACAAAUUACCGAACACAAAUUGAAGCUGAUAUAAGACCAUUCAGGGGUUUACUUCUUGGAUUGUUCUUUGUGACGACAGGAACUUCUAUUGAUACUCAGCUUCUUGCCCGAGAAUGGCCCAAUGUUCUCACACUCCUGGGAGGCCUGAUUGCUAUUAAGACGAUGAUAAUAACAGUUGUAGGACCCCGAGUUGGACUAUCCUUGAAAGAAAGCAUAAGAAUAGGGUUUCUUCUUUCUCAAGGAGGUGAAUUUGCAUUUGUGGUUUUCUCUCUUGCAAAUAGACUAGGAGUAUUACCGCUUGAACUCAACAAACUUCUCAUAAUUGUUGUUGUGCUGUCAAUGGCACUGACACCUUUGCUAAAUGAACUUGGACGGCAAGCUGCUGAUUUUGUUGCUGAAAAAUUCGAAACAGGCACUAAAGCUGUAGAGAGGCCGAAUUAUGACGUUAGUGAACCAGUGGUUAUUCUUGGAUUUGGACAAAUGGGUCAGGUCCUUGCAAAUCUUUUGUCAGCUCCAUUGGCAUCUGGUGCAGAUGGUGAAGCUUCGGGUUGGCCAUAUGUUGCUUUUGAUCUUAAUCCUGCUGUUGUCGAGAGAGCAAAGAAGAACGGGUUUCCAGUCUUAUACGGUGAUGGAUCUAGACCAACAGUGUUGCAGUCUGCUGGCAUAUCUUCUCCUAAAGCUGUCUUAGUCAUGUAUCCUGAAAAGAACAAGGCGAUUGAAGCAGUUAAAAGUGUCCGACUCACCUUUCCAUCGGUCCCAAUAUAUGCUAGAGCCCAAGAUCUUAAGCAUCUGUUGGAUUUGAAGAAAUCAGGUGCAAAUGACGCAAUUAUUGAAAAUGCAGAGACAAGUUUACAGCUCGGCUCAAAGCUUCUUAAAGGAUUUGGUGUGAUGUCUGACGAUGUAGACUUCUUGAGUCAGCUUGUUCGAAAUUCGAUGGAGAUGCAAGCGCAAGAUACGGUAAACAAAACAGAUGGUCAGGAAUACAGCACGAUGGAGCCUGCGCAGUUUCGAGUUGCAGAUAUAAUCAAUACAAGAACAACAGGAGUUGCUGGAGCCGAGGAUAACUUAUCUGAAUUAGAUCAAUUGAUUGAAGGCGAGGUUCCAGACAUGGAGGAUGAAGUCGUCUCUUAUUCGGACAUGGACAGUGGGAACAAUUCAGUGAUGAAAGGUGAAGGCAUUGAAGAGAGUGAUAGUCUUUCCUACAAGGCCCCUAAUGACAGGAGGUGAAAGUUCAGACAAGUUUUUUGUACAUGAUGUUGUGUGAUUAAUGUACCCUUAUUGCUACACUAUUUGUCAAUAUCAUAUUCUUCAAAAUAUGAUUUUGUACAAGUUACAAUUUUUUGGACACUAUUUUUUUAUGUAAAUAAUGAAAUUUUACUCCAUAUCA